GUUCCCAUCCUCCAAGCAGCCAUCUUGACUUGACAUGGGCAGGGGCGGACGACAUCUUUCCCUACCUGGUCAAACGUUCACGCUCAUAUUUCACUGAUUCUAACUCGCUAAUCUGGCUGUAGAUUGUUUCAACAAACCGUCCCUUGUCAAGACUGUGAACUGUUAGGUCUGCGUGAAUCGUUAUGCUGUUUAGUGCAAAGAGAUGGGAAUCUGUCUCGCGUGAACGUUCGUGAGUGACCGACAAAAAUCAACCGUCGUUUCUGCCAGCUCGGCCUAGCCCUCUCCCUGCUCGUCAGGGAAUAUGUACCUUGUGACUGGAUCUGCUCAUUAGUGUAAAUUAGUAACUGACAUUUGGAAGCUGAAAACCAUUUUUGCUUUGCUUGGUUCCGGUACAACAUGUCAGCAGGGAUGAGGACUACUCUGCCAACUGUUCCUGAAUCCUUACCUUCUGAUCAUGUCUCCACUGCCAAGGUCAAGACUACGCCGGUCAAGUCACCUCUGCGACCGGGGUCGGAUGGCAGCAGUGGUGGCGGCGGAGGAGGAGGAGGAGGGGGCGGAGGUUCCGGCAGCGCAUCUGCGUCUAUUCGAAGUUCCUCCAGGCGUACUUCGGAAGAACCACACAUCGGGAAAUAUCGAUUACUGAAAACCAUCGGCAAAGGAAAUUUUGCCAAAGUGAAACUAGCAAAACAUAUUCCAACAGGCAAAGAGGUGGCUAUCAAGAUCAUCGAUAAAACCCAAUUGAAUCAGGGAAGCCUGCAAAAGUUGUUCAGAGAAGUGCGAAUUAUGAAGAUACUGGACCACCCGAAUAUCGUGAAACUAUUCCAAGUGAUAGAAACUGAGAAGACAUUGUACCUUGUUAUGGAAUAUGCUAGCGGCGGCGAAGUCUUUGAUUAUUUGGUGCUUCACGGACGCAUGAAAGAGAAAGAAGCACGCGCAAAAUUUAGACAAAUAGUAUCUGCUGUUCAGUAUUGCCACCAGAAGAGAAUCAUCCAUCGAGAUCUGAAGGCGGAAAAUUUGUUAUUGGAUAGUGAAAUGAAUAUCAAAAUUGCCGACUUUGGAUUCAGUAACGAAUUCACGCCAGGAAGCAAGCUGGAUACGUUUUGUGGUAGCCCACCGUAUGCGGCUCCCGAACUUUUCCAAGGAAAGAAAUACGACGGGCCCGAAGUAGAUGUUUGGUCGCUGGGAGUCAUUUUGUACACAUUGGUGAGCGGCUCGCUGCCCUUCGACGGGUCCACGCUGCGGGAGCUGAGAGAGCGCGUCCUGCGGGGAAAAUACCGUAUCCCUUUUUACAUGUCGACUGACUGCGAAAAUCUACUCAAGAAGUUUCUCGUUCUAAAUCCGACGAAGCGAGCAUCGCUUGAGGCGAUCAUGAAAGACAAGUGGAUGAAUAUGGGGCACGAAGAGGACGAAUUGAAACCUUUCUCGGAACCGGAAGUUGAUCUGUCUGACCUCAAACGGAUAGAAAUUUUAGUCGGCAUGGGCUACAGUCGGACGGAGAUUGAAGACUCUCUAAAAACUCAAAAGUAUGACGACGUCUUCGCCACGUAUCUGCUUCUUGGACGAAGAUCGACCGAUUUGGAGAGUGACGGAUCUCGGUCAGGCAGCUCAUUGUCAUUGCGGGGCGUCCCUCCACGAACGGACACUGCGGCCGCUGCCUCCGGACCGACUUCUGUGCCCUCUUCGGGCCAUUCUUCCCAAUCAGGAUCUGGGACGGCCACCGUCUCUGUAAGCGCCACUGGGGGCCAAAGAAGCGUCCACCGCUCUAUUUCGGCUACUUCGUCCAAAACGGGUCGUCGAGCGUCGUCGGGUGGUGAAACGCGCGAAGCUGCCACUAAUGCCAGUGCCUCGGGUGCCGCCUCUGCUGUUGCCUCCGGUGCUAAUGCCGGAGCGACAACCGCUACGGCUGGCAAUCGUGCUUCAACGGCCGCCACGCCCCAGGUCACUAAUCACAGUUCGAGCGGAGUAGCGCCGACCAACUUUUUCCGUCGUCAAAACACGGUUGACUCGGCCACCAUUAAAGAGACAUCCGCUCGGCUUGGAGCGGGCAACGCCUCGAGUGGGGGCCCGACGGGCGUUCGGCCACUGGCUUCGCCAGCUGCCAUAAAAAAUGCAACUGCCAAUCCAACCGGUAAUGCCGGAGCUGCUAGUCCAAGUAGCAGCUUGUUCGGCAAGCCGAGGGGAUUAACGAAAUCGAACACGAUGGCGGCCAACGCUAAUCGUACUCUGGGCCCAGGAACAACGUCGGUCGGUCGCCGCUCAACCAUAGGUUAUGAAUCAAAGUCUUCCUCGAGUGAGAAAACCAAUGCCAUUGGCAGCGACGCUCUUACCACGGCGACGGAGACCAAAGUCAAGGGUCACGUCAAGUCGGCCUCGAUUUCAGCAGCGGUGCGAAGCGAGCUCAGUCCGGAGAGCGCCUCGCCCGCCCUCGAUCCGCUUCGAAUCAGUGCUGGACGUACCGUGAGUGGAGCACCAACCGCAGCGGGAGGAUCAUCCGGUGCCGGCACGCCCACCGGGUCAGGAUCGAGCACCAACCGUUUCACGACGGGACAGUUCCCCCGUAACGUUCCCAGUCGUUCGACAUUCCACAGCGGGCAAAACCGCCCUAGAAACCAGGCGGCCACUUAUGGAGGUGCUGCCGGCGGAGGGAUGGCUGGCGCCGACUCGUCCGGCUUGGGACCUUCGUCGCGCACCUCCUUCUUCUCGAAGCUGUCCUCGCGCUUCUCUAAACGUAGUAACGUAAAUGAUGACCAAGUGAAGCCGCGAUCCCUACGCUUCACGUGGAGUAUGAAGACUACUUCCUCGCGCGACCCUAAUGAAAUCAUGAUGGAAAUCCGCAAGGUUCUUGACGCCAACAACUGCGACUACGAACAACGCGAGAGGUACCUCCUCCUCUGCGUCCACGGCGACCCAAAUACCGACUCCCUUGUCCAAUGGGAAAUCGAGGUAUGCAAACUACCUCGCCUCUCCCUGAACGGUGUUCGCUUCAAGCGCAUCUCUGGAACGUCGAUUGGAUUCAAAAAUAUUGCUUCUAAAAUAGCCAACGAACUGAAACUGUGACUACCAGACGUCUCUGAUAAUUCCGACUCAGAGCACGAUUGAAGAUAGAAAGAAAGAAAAAAGAAAGAAAAAGAAAACAAAGUUUAAGCAAAAGGAAAAGAAAAAAAAAAUAUUCUAAUACUUGUACAACAUUUUUAAUAAGAGGGGCGCGCAAGCUAGCUCUUGAAUGGUGUCCACGGUUUCCGAGUGAAAAAAAAAAUGAUAAGCGCUCAGUUUUUUUUUUUUUUUCUUUCUUUCUUUCGGUUUUUUAAGCACCUUGAUACGUUGAAAAACUUCUUUGGUUGGCAUAAUGGAAAAGGCUGGAAUUGGUGCUUCUCAACUUAAGCUAUACACCGGCCCAUCCACACCCAACAAACAUCCCGGAAAUAAAAACCCUUUCUCUGUUCUCUUCUUCUGUUCUUUCUUUCUCUCCUCUCUAUUAAUUCCCUUUGCCCUGCCAACGUUUCCUCAGUCCUUUUUACCGCUGUCAUGUUUCCUCCAACUUGUUGCCCAUGAUUAUGUCCAGCAUUGCAAUGACUUUUUUUUUUCUUUUCGUGUGUCCCCCUCCAACUUCUUCCUUCAUUUUCUCUUCAAGGAACAAAGCAAGCGUGUAGCUUUUAAUGUUCACCCAAAUUCGUCCAUCGCUAACCAACCGAGGCGCAACGCAGCCGUGGCGCUCCAGAUUGACAUACGACACCCACACGCCUCUCUUCUCUUCCAUCCCUCACACGAUUUGUCCCUUCAAUAUUUUUCCGUCUAUAUUACUAUAUAGGAUGGACUUGCGUUGCUCUAGCAAUUGCAUUGAAUAAUUCCCCCUUCCCUCCCUUCAUCAUGAAUUUUUCUUUUCAAUUUUGAAAUGUGUAUAGCCAAUUGUGUGCGAAUGUAAGUGCGUAUGCGAGACAAGAGAGAAAGUGUGUAAGGGGGAGGUUUAAAGGGCGCGCUGCUAGCUAAUGAUGGUGUAGAUUCGGUAUUCUCUCUCUUUAUCACAUGUUCUUUUUCUCUGUUCCUUCCGAUUCCUCCUCCUUCUCUUCCACUUCCACUUCCCCUUCAUUUUUUUCUUGUUGUGUAGCUCACAGUGUGUAGUGAAAUUGGACAAAUCCUAGGGUAUCGGUAGUACCUCUACUUUUUUUUCGUACUCUGGUCUGCUGAUUAACCUACCGUUUUGUUUCACAACUUUCCCUCUCCCACUCGGAUGUUUUUUAAUGAUUAAUAUUAAUAUCAUUUAUUAUUAUAAUAAUUUUUCACCACCACCCUCCCCCGUCACUCUCCUUCGUCGCCCACAUUAUGUUUCUGACCUGCUGCACCGUAUCUUUAUGAGAAAUGAGCUGUACGCGAUUAUCCUCAUCGUUGAAAAUUCAUCUUUAAAAAUAUCAUCCCCUUUUUCUCGGUU